AUGGUUUGUGUGCGGCUGUUUUUCAUGCGCCACAAAGCGCUGCUCUAUCUUUCAAGUUCAUGCUAUGCUUUUUUCCAUUUUCUGGGAAGUUAGGUUGCUACAUAGUGCAGUAUGCACUGCUAACUUUUACUAUUUGAGGGACACUGUACAUGUUGCCGUAAUCAAAAAUGCCGGUUACAUGCGCGUGUCUGGCAUUACCACAGUAGUCAUUCGGUUCCCAGAGCGAAACCCUGUUCCUUGCAAUUCCCAUAAUUAGCUUGCGUGGUUGCGUAUGUUCCCGCUGGACCGUUACUGACGUGGAGUCAAUGUUGUGGGUACAGUCACCUAUUUCGGUCUGUUUAUUCAAUAAAUCUGAGGGUAACAUGCGGGAUCUUUGGAAGCCAUGACGCAAGGGCGCCCAGUGGUCGGCACUAUCCCUUUACUUUCCUUCAGCCGCCCUCCGAGCACUAAUCACCGCCGUUUCCCACGCAAAUUGUCGAUGACCGGGGGUCUCCAAAAACGAUUCCGAAAACUUUAUUCUGUGGUGGGAGUCCUCGAAGCCCGGGUCCUGACGACCCUUCUCGAGUCCUCCCGUGGCCCAUCUUGUGUGUUUGCGACUUCACCAUCAUAGUCACGUCCGACGUAAUAUCUGAACGCCACGCGUGGGUACAUGCUAACGACUGACACGCACCCAGGUUCAAUCACGUCAAUCAAUCAAUCACGCCUUUGCAAUCCCACGUUUUUGCUCAGAAAAUUGGCCCAACAGUUACGUCUUCGUGGCCCUGAUUGCCCCUUUGCGUGACCGUUGCCGGUCUCUUGUGUUUAGGCACUAAUAUAUUUGUUCGCAUAAUACCUUGAUAUUGUCGGCCAUAUUUGUCGCCGGUGUAAGAAAAUGUCUCCGACUGAAACAUAGCCCCAGAGCGAAAUGGUCGCGUCGGUCGUCGUAGUGAAAAGGAAUUUUAGUAUGCACAGUAGUCGUAGUAUGCUCUCCCGCAACCCCAGACCAUACCACACUCGAGGCCGUCUUCCCAGAUCAAGGGUUUGACUCCAUGCUUUCGGAUACCUCGUGUUGUAGUGACGGUAAUUUGAAGUAAGAUGGUGACACUGCGUUUCUUUAUCGUCAGCAAGACCUGUGUUAAAGUUUCUGACCAUAAGUUUGGACAAGCCAUGACAGGCUUAUCGAUCGUCAACUUCGGGGGUCUGGGCUGUAGUUAGGUACGAAACCCCAAAGUACCAACCCAUCCCUUUAUUUUCUCAUACACUAGGGGUCAUUUCUUGCUGUUGCUGUACCCUGUUUCUUUUGAACCGUAUCCCGUCACUAUUGGUUGCAGGUGAGAUUCCCUUAAGAUUUCGGCUCAUGUCUCGGCUUCAAUUGCCACAGACUAGAGUUCCGAUUCUGCCUUUGAUAUUUUUCGCGAAUUUUAAAGGGAUACUUGGCAAACACUUUUCGCUUCUUUCUUCAAACGCAGUUCACAUCCUUCCCUUUCCGUCCAAGUUGACGGUCAUCGUUUGCGAAGCCCAUGAUAUCAAGCUCACACCACGAGUUUAGCACAGCCAGAGAGAUUAUUUCGACUGGGUUCUGGGAGUGCAUAGGGUUUGGUGGAGGGGGGCUAGCGCUAGAAUCACCAGAAUGUUAGGAAUGGGCAUGUGUGCCCUCAUUUAUAUAUUUGGUUAAUUUUUAAAGUGCCGGGCGUGAGCGCCUGCUUUUCAGAGCAUUUUCAUACCAGCACCGUUGUUAACUUUUUGCAAAUAGUCGACUUACCGGUAAAAGGGGUCCGGGCCUUCUUAUCUUCUGGACUUCGUGCGCACACAGCGCUCGACCUGCUUUUCAUACUUAUUACGUCUAUCUUUAAUUAUUAGCGCCUUGUUACCGCGACUUACAGAGAUUCUGUCGGGUGUGUCCAUGCUUCACGUUGACAUCAUUUGACUUACUUUAAAUAAAGCUUGUUGGGGCCAAGUUAAAGUUAGAUGUACUGGGGCUUCAAGCCCUCAAAUAACAGAAUAUUAGGGUUCCUUGUCGUCCCUACUCUCCAAUUGUUGCGUCAGGCCAUGCUUAGUCACGCAACUUAACAAUAGCGUGCAGCGCUUAUUCCCUGUGUAAGACCCUGUCUUGCAUCAUUUACGGUCACCCACCCAGCUUUCUCUGUUAGCCUUAUUCCGACUAUUCUUCUUUACUCACCAACCUCCAUAUUUACGAGGCCAACUCAGAGUAUCGUCCGUUUUCGGCGUACAGUCAUCUGUGAGAUGCCCAAGCAAUUGUCUUUAUGUAGUUCCCGUCUGUUCGUCGUUAGCCAUAUGCUUAAUCAGUGCGUGCUUUUCACCUUUAGACAAUAGGAAUGAGCAAUUCGUUGACAUCGAAACUGUCAGAUCUCAGCGUAACUGCAAACCCGGUCAGUGCCAAACCCGAAGUUUUUAAUGGAGUAUCUGAAUCACAAGACAACCAAAUUAGAGCUGAAAAAACUAACCCUUGGAAAUCUCGUAAGUUGUCAUUUUUUCGAACUACUUUUUUGCAGGUCCCAUCCAGCCCUCAGAGAACAAACUCCUUGAAGCCGAUGUCUGGCCAGAACCGUCUGCACCUCUAGAGCGACGCAGUUUUAACCAAAAAAUAGAAGAAAAACCGAAGAAUAGUACGAACUUUAGGUUUAUCUAUGUUGUUUUGUAGAAAAACUAAAGUGGCGUGAAAUUGAGAUCGAACCACCAGUUCACUCUAGUGCUGUUCGCGGUCGAGGUCGUUUCUCAGGUAUGGGUUCUGGCAGUGCACCAGUUUAUCAAGGCCCGUCUAACUCGGGCCAAAUGCGGAAUCGCAGAGGUAAGAUCAUUUACUCGCUAUGCUAUCUCUUCAGGCAGUGGCUAUGGGCGAGGCCGUAUAUCCGAUUCAGGCCGCGGGAUGCGGCCUAUGAAUGGUUAUUAUCAACGCCUGCCUGAUCGCGCCCCUUUCCCACGCAAUCAACCUGAUGAAAAAUCACACCGACCCGUGCUGUCAGGGGAUUCCAACUCUCAGGAGCCCAUUGUUUCAACCGCUCCCGCCCCUGCUACGUACGACACCGAGAAUCCUUCUCCAAAGAGUGCACGCCAGUCAGACGAGACCCACGAACGCCAGAACGUCUCUCACUCGGGGUAUCCUGCACAACAAGAACAUGCGUCAUCGAGCGUCAGUACCACGCGCGGCACAAACACGGGGGAGCAAACAGACAAGGUCACAUCAGAACUGAAGUCAUCUCCUCAGGGUGUUACAAAUAGGCGGUACAUGGGAAAUACGACCGAUUCCACUGGCCGUCCGACCCGUUACACAGAGUCGUCCUUCAACCGGCCUCGACGCCCGCCUGUUCGCGGUCAUGGCUAUGGGUACACCAAUUCGCCAAAAGGUGCGGCCAUAGCCGCACCGACCUUGCCUAUUCCAGCCGUCGCACCAGGCAAGUGCUGUAUUGUCUUUGUAUUCCAAAUAAAAGAACUGAAAUUUCACCUAAAACCUCGAGGUGUUGGUUAGAUAACCUAACUUCUGUUGCCUCAAUGCCUGUCUAUUAAGGGAGUAUGAUUUCUCUUCUUCGGUAUGGUUUAAACGUACUGUCAUUUGAUCACCACCUCCCGGGACUUUCAUGCUAUGCCGAUUGUCCUCUCCUCCCGGUGACCUCAUUUCAGCACCUUGCUGAUUUGCCUUUCAAUUUUCACUGGCACUUGUAUAGGCUCUUGGCAGGGAUACGGGUUUUGCUGUUUGCGAUCACCGUUAUGCGCAUUUUUACCGCUUUUAGUUUUGCAUUUUAGUGACCUACCUUCUCCCCGGACUUAUGCCAGGAUGCAUGGGUGGUGCUCUUCUUAACCCUGGCGUCGCAAUCAGCCCAAACACCGUAACUGAAAGGCGUUCAACGCUCGAAGGUAAUCCAGUGCAGGCAAUAUUGUUGCCUGCCCAAGCCGUCCCAGUCGUGGCUGGGGAUCAGACUCAAAUAUCGGCGGCACCCAUUGUUCCGCUACAGGCGUCGACCGUUACGGCUGGCGGCGCCACCAGCAAUUCCGCCAGUGAAAUCCCCGAAUCUCCUGCUAUCACAUCACAAGUGGCUGAGGUAGUUUCUCUAGAGCAGAUGCUGGAGUAUAUAAUGGAGGUCGGUUGGAAUAAGACUAAAAUCCCGGAAUGGCUUAAGGAUAACCCGACCAUAUCGGCGGCGGCGGCGGCGUCGAACGCGGACACACAAAACAAAGUCGAGGAGUCUGAGACUAGUGAGGCUCACUCACAGUCAUCAGACUCGGCGAAAGCCAGUGAGACUGAAAGGUCGGUAAAGCGCGACGAUGUUGUUAUCGUGGACAACACAGUUUUCUUCGUGCCACGUAACUCACAUCACACAAAAUUCCUCAAAUUCCGGUCCAAACUCGACUAUAUUCGUCAUCAUGUGUAAGUCUGUUUUUUUAUUUUCAAUUGCAUUAUGACAUUUUUCUACAUGCAUUGUGAUUGCUGGUAAUAUCUAAUUCCUGAAACUCAGUUCAAGGAUCAAAUACUCCCGUUGUUAUGUUGACAAGUUGCAUCUGACUACGAGUUGUGGACAUGACAGUUAUCAAGCUUGCCUUGUGCAUCUGUUUUAAUACGUAGGAUUCAGCCAACAGCAAGCUACCCUUGGUGUGUACGAGGGCUGAAACUGGAGCCGUACUACAACCUGGGCUUUGUUGCUCUCUUUUUGCCCCCAACAUCUGUCAAUUAACUGUUGGCAAUGGUCCAUAGCAUAGCCUGCUAAUGAUUGUAGGGGUGUGGUACAGAUGAACUCACUAGUCCUGCAGCCUGAGUGCAGUCAAAAUGCGUAAGUCAACGGUGUCCGAAAAGUAUUACCUAACGCCAGAAACACACGCCGUCGACGCCGCUUUGGCUUAUAAUCCUGUAACCUUUAUAACACCUUACAUCUGAGUCCCAGGCAGCGCGUGGCACACGUUGAACGACGUCUUCAUGCCAUGCUAGCCACUGCUUCCAAGCAUCCCGGGUCGGGCUGAGUCGGACAGGCGACUAGGACAGCAAAUUCGGUUCAAAUUCAGCGCUUGAUUUGAUCGUUAAGCAGCUAAACGGAUUUUGGUUACCGCAGCCCUCAAUCAGUCGUGCUCUGGAGUCUAACUGGAGAAGUUAUUCAGUUCCACUUAGGACUGGGGGUCAGGCUGCGAUGGCUCCUUUGGUCUUUGUGGCAUGGCACUCGCUGGUGAGAUCAGAGACUUCCCCUUCCUUGAAGUCUGGCAUAUAGAGUUAAGGACUAGGUCAUGUGUGACACCCUGGCCGGCCAUCUAUAUUUGUCAGUUACUGCGCCAACGCCCACCUGCAGUCGUCACUAUUUUAUGGGGAGGCGGUGAUUGUUGGGUAGAGUAAGACGAAUUAAGUGACUCAUACGACGUAUACUAGAUUAACAGGCUGGUCGGGUAUUCCCUGUUAGCAAUCCCUAUUCUUUUGUCUAGCAUCGAUUUUAUACUCGGUCUGGGCUGUCUUGGCCUCAUGACGCACAGACUUUCUGAUUUACCUUUGCGCUUAAGUGGUUAAUAGUCUGAUUAUUGGAUGGAAUCAAGAAAACGCAAAGUUGAACUGCUGUAGCAUACCACAGACGUCUUUGACUAACUUAUACCGGGUCUGAAGAGAUCUUCCUCUCGGCGUCAGCCCUCUGAACUUCCUGGUUCUUUCAUCAGACAGCCCUUGAACCAUGCAAGGAUCUCCAUUUGUUGGUGCAUCCCAUCAGCGACUUAUGUGUAUGUUUCAGUGAACUGACCGUAGGGUAGGUGUUGAGUCGGUGUCUGCAAGUGCUUUUUAGCGACUCACAUUGUUAAACAGUUCCGACUUCCACUUUUUCGACAGCAGUUUUGCAUAAAUAAGUGGAUGUGACGGGAGACGCCGCUUCCUGCAUGUCCGUUUUUUCGCAAAUGUUGGGAUGACCCAACUUUUUGAGAGCAAACUAAUUCCUCCCUUCCAACCUCAACUGGACGAAAACGUUCUUUGCUUAGUGAUGCUUUUAACAGUUGAUUUCACCACUUAUUGCUUUGUUGGACUAGCAAUCCGUUUAUCUGUUAAAACUGGAGAUAUGCUUUCAUUGCUAAUGGUCCAAUACAUUGCCUAUCUCAGCAGUCAGACCUAUAGGUUUUUGUGCUCGCUUACGUGUUUAUACGCAUAUGCAGUGUUCUCUUUGGGCGCUUUGGUGUCGGGUUGUUUCAGUUUACUACAGACGAUCAAGUAACUGUCUUUUUUUACAGAGAAUACUACUUCAGCGAUGCCAACCUUCACCGGGAUUACCAUUUGGUUACCAUUCUUUCGGAAAAUGACCACACAUGUCCACUGGAGAGUCUGCUUCAGUUCAAUCGACUUCGUUGGGCAAAGGCUACGGAGUCCGAACUCCUAGAGGCUGUUGUAUCCAGUCCCGCUGUUAGUGUUGUGUACUCAAAGGACAACCAGCCUGUAGGGGUCUCUCAAAACACGGCGAUGUCAGUCGUCCGCUCCCCUUCUGCUUACCCCAUCCCUUCCAAAACGUCUGCAUCUGAUACUAAUCCGCCCGCUCCGGCUGUUACUUCAGUCACUUCGGAGGCAUCUCGUCCUGUCGCUAGUCCGGACGACCCCAAAUCGUCGAAACAAGAUGCCGAAAACGAGGCUCCUUCAGCCACUAUCUCGACCGACACCGUUGCUACGGUAGAUUCUAACAACUUCUUUGUGGAGACCGUAAUGCUUCCCUUCUACGCCGGUGGCCAAGUUCCUCAUGCAACUUACGCUAACCUCCCCUUCGUCAUGCAGCAACAGAGAAUCCAAGUCCCUACCAUCGGCCAGGCCCAGCUCAGUCAACCGCAGCAUUUUUAUGCCCUUCAGUCAUCCCAGGGUUAUCUGUUGCCGCCCGCCUACAUGUAUCCUAGUCCUGUCACUCAACAGCAAAACAUCUCUCUUCUUCAAUUCUCUAAUCAGACGCCGUAUUAUGUGUCUGCUACUGGUACUCCUACCCAUCCCAGUGACCCAUCGUCUCUUGCGACGGCCCAAGCGGUUGCAGCCGCAGCAGCUGCACAACAGCAAACUGCUCCCUUUCCUAGUGCCCAGCCAAUCUACGCUGUCCCGCAGUCCGUCUCGGCAAAUGUCAACGGAACUGGGCAUGCUUCCGAAACCACUACCUCCUCUCCGAUUGUGCCUGCCUAUUAUCGACUCGCGAUGCACCAACCCAGUUAUAGCCAGUACGCUGCUGCCGCAGCUGCUGCCAGUCAGGCCGCUGUAGGGUCGACAAAUCCAAUCCUCUUGCAUUUUCUGCCCACCAUUCAAUCCAGUAUGUCUACUGCUUUUGUGCCAACAGGAAUUCCAGCAACCACCCCCAACACCACUCUUGCCGCUAUCGUAGGUGGUGCCGGCAACUCGAGGACGCAAGUUAACCCUCAGGGUGGUGGUACUUUUGUCCCCCUCACCACCCUACAGAACAUGGCGCAAGCAUCACCCCAGCUGCCUUCCUACCCAGGUGCUGCCGUCUCACCCGCAUCAUCGACCUCGGUUUCGGGCCCGUACGGCCAGAAGUUAUCCACAGUUUCUGCUCGGCCGCACCACAAUCAGAUGAACCAACGUCUAGUCAAUUCACAGUACACUCAGGUCGCUGCUGCUGUUGUCACUACGCCCACUCCCACGCCAAAUACCAGACCAGCGAAUCCGACGUCCGUUGAACCCGGCCAAAAGUCAUCACCAGUGUCUGAGGAGGUUGUAGAUGUUUCUACCUGA